AUGGAUUACCACAUGCCGGCUGCUACACUCGACUUUAGUAAUCAUGACGAAGAAUUUGGUGUCGGUGGUGGUGCUCCUGUGGAUUCGUUCCUGUUUGCGCUCGUCGUUCCGAUAGCAGGAUUUUUUGCCUUCAUUGCUGCAGUGCGACCGGUCACCCCGACGUCCGAGAGUUUUCGUCGUAACUCCGCUCAAGCACAGUACAAAUUGCUGAUACAGAGCAAAUAUGAAGCACAUUAUGGGUUGGGUGUUCCAUUUGCGUACUGCUCUGGUGAGGAUUUGUAA